AUACAAGUACAAAAAACUUUCGUAAAUCACGGAAAGUUAAAAUUUUGUAUUUUGAAAUUUUUGCAAAGAAGGAAUUUUCUUAGUAAUAAAUUCUCUUUGCCCCAGGACUCUCAUAAGGAUAACAAUAUUGUAUUUGCAUUUCUAUAUAGUCACACAUCUUUUAAAAUCCAAGUCAUAUAAAGAAAAAAAAAGUAAAGCAAAAAAAAGUAAAGAAACUAUAUAUUGACAUCCCCUUCUCCUAUUCAAUUUUUUUUAGAAAAUUCAAAAAUUUUAAUUGUUGAAGAAAAAAAGGCAAAAACAAAAUAAAUGUUAUAAAAUGUAAUCGAGUAAAUUAUUAUGGCAUCAAAAUUACAAAGUAGUGAAGACGAUGAAAAAUCUAUAGAACAUGAUGAUGACGAUAAUAAUGGCAAAUAUGAAGAAGAACAACUAAUAAAUGAUAAAAAUAAUUAUGAAGAUGAUAUAUCAAUAUAUAAUAGUAAUUAUGAGGAUAAAGAUGAAAUAAAAGAUGAUAUUGAUAAUGAUAAAAUUGAUAGUAACCAAGAAAAUAUUGAAUUAAUAAAUAAUAAAGGUGAAAAUAAUGAAAAAAUAUUAGAAAAAGAAGAUUUUAUUGAAAAAAUUAAAGAAAUAACAUCUAAUGAACAGGAAAAUAAAGAAAAACUACAAGAAAAUCAAUUAUUACAAAAAGAACAGUUACAACAACAAAAUUUAUUUCCAGCAAUUUAUACAAGAUUCUCAGGAUCAUAUCAUCAGGAUCAUUAUUUAAAUAAUAAUAAUAAUAUAAGACGUGAAUCAAUUUCAAAAAUAUCACCAACUUCAACAUUACAAUUUUCUUUAUCAUUACCAUCAUCGUAUAACUCUUUUAUUAAUUCAAAAUUAAUUGAUUCAAUUCAACAACAACAACAGCAACAAUUAAACGAUCAACCAUCAACAUCAUCAUUAUUAUCUUCAUCAAAUUUUUUAUCAUCAUUAUCGCCAACACAAGAACGAAAUUCAAAUUUACAAUGGCAACAAAAAAACCAAAAUUUCAGAAACAGUCAACAAGAAAACAAUCAAAUAAAACAAUUAGAAACUCAACAAUUAUUAGAAAAACAGCAACAAGAAGAUCAAAAACAAAAUUAUAUAGAAAUAGAAUCUCAAUUAGUUCAACAACAGCAACAACAACAAAAAAAAAAUUUCGAAAAUCGUUUAUCACUAGAAUCUUCUUCUCAAAAUCAACCUGCACCACCACAUUAUCAUUAUCUUAAUCAUCAUUUCAAUCAAUAUCAUAUUCAACAACAACAACAACAAAAUAAUUAUCAACAGAAUAAUCAGAGAAAAGUACUACCAUCUUUAGAAGAAAGAAGGACUAAUACAUUUAAAAAAUUAAAUUUAAGAAGUUCAGCUAGUAAUAAUAUUAAAUUAAAUAAGAACCCAAUUGAUAAACAACAACAACAACACAAACAGAAUUUGUUUCAAAAACAACAAAAUUUUGAAGUAAAAGAUGAUUUAAAUAAAAACGAUGAUAUAAAUUCAAAAACAUCGAUUAAUAACGGUUUCAUAUCAUCAUUGUCAUCAUUAUCACUACCAUCAUCAUCAUCAUUAGCAUCAAUUGCAUCAUCAGAAAGAUUAUAUAAAUCUACAAAAGUAAAAUUACCAGCUGUUCUACAAAUUGAACCAAUUAAUCGCAAGCAAACGCUAAAAAACUCACAGUUACCAUCACCAGAUCUUGAAAUAUCAUCACAAUCAUCUAAAUCUAAUAAUAAUAAAGAAAUUUCAUCAUCUUCUUCUUUUUCUUUUUCGCCUUCUAUUUUCUCAACAAUUAAGGCACAAGAACUACAAAAACAAAUAAAUAAUAAAGAUAAUAAUUAUAAUUUAUUUGAUAGUAGUAAUAAAGAAAAUGAAAAUCAUAAUCAAUAUAAAUUAUUAAAUAUUAAUAAUAGUGAUGAUGAUAAAUUAAAAAAUAUUAAUAAAAAUAAAUUACAUAUUAGACAUAAUAAUGAAAAAUUCAUUAAAAGACAACAAAAAAUAAAAUUAAAUAAUAAUAAUAAUAAUAAUAAUAUAUUAAAAACAAAUAACGCUUUAUCAGUUUUAUCACCUUCACCAUCAUCGCCUUUUGAUGUUGGUGAUUCAUUAAUUAAUUAUCAACAAUUUUCAAAUAAUUUUUAUCCGAAUGUUGUAAAUGAUAUGAAAAAUAAUUUUGAUAACAAAAAUUUAUUAAAAAAACAACCACAUCAUUAUUUAUAUAAACAACAUAAUCUUCACCAACAGCAACAACAACUACAACAACAGCAACAACAACAUAUUAAUCAUCAACAGGAACAAUCAAUAACACAAUUUGAUCAUAUUAAUGUUGUAUCAUUAGAAAAUGAUGUAUCAAAAUCAUUAAUACAAUUUUCAAGUGUUUUAGUAACAGUAGCAUUAACUAGUUUGAUAUUUAUUUUUAUAUUAAUAUUUUAUUUGAUUAAAUAUUUAUCAAAUAAUACAAAAAUAAAAAAUUUAAAUCAAAAAGACAUUUCUAAUUCUAAAAAGGAUCAACAACAACAGCAGCAACAACAUCAGCAGGAAGUACAAAAUCAACAACUACAAAAAACAAUUGAUAAAAAUAAAGAAAAGAAUAAUAAUAAUAGCAAUAAAAAUAUUAAUAACAAUUUUAAAUUAUUUAAUUUAAAAGUAAAUUUAAUAUCAAAUUUCAAAACAAAUUCAUUAAUAACAAAAUUAACUGAUAUAUCACUACAUAACAAUAAUAACAAUAAUAAUAAUAGUAAUAAUAUUAAUGACAACGAUAAUAAAAAUGAUAAAAGUGAAAUAUUAUUAUCAGCGUCAUCAUCAUCAUCACAUAAUAAUACAACAAAAAUUAAUAAUAAUGAUAAUGAGAAACCAAUAACAAGAAGUAUUAUGGAAAAUACUAAUAAUAAAUUUAAUACUAUAAUUACUAAUACUACUUGCAGUAGUUCUACUACCACUACUACUACUAGUACUAGUACUACUAAUGCUACUAGUACUAUCACUACUAAUACUACUACUACUACUAAAUUUAUUCCUAGUUGUAGUAAUUCUAUUAAUCAAACUAUUUGUAAUAAAUUAAUAAAUAAUUAUGAAAAUAAAAGUAAUUUUUUAAUCAAUAAUGAUAUUUCUAAAAUUAAAGAUAAUUCAAUAACAAAUAAAGUUUCAACUAAAAAUAUUAAUGGAACAACAAAAAAAGAAAUUGUAAAAGGAGAAGGGGUAAGGAAUAUGCAAAACGAUAAAAAUAUGAAUGAUAAUGAAAUAAAAAUUGGGUGUAAAAAUAAAAAAUAUAAAAAUCGGUCUCAUAAAAUAAAUAAAAUUCCAGUUAUAGAGUCAAAAAUUAGUGAUAACAAUAUUGAAACAAUAACCGGAAUCGAUGCAACAACAACCGCCGUAACAUCAACAACAGCAUCAAUAGAACGUUCACAAUCGUCGUUAUCAAUGUCAUCAUCAUUAGCAAUAAGAAAUCGAUUAGAAAAACAAGAAACAAUAUUACCUGAAAAUGAUGAUUCAUUAUAUAGAAAUAUUGAUUAUAAAUUAAUACGCAGAUCUUAUGAUAGUGAAUUAUUGAAUUUUAUUCCGAAAUCACCAACACUACCAUUGUCAUCAUCAAUUGGUAUAGCUAUAGAUAAUAAUAAAUCAAGUAACGCUAUAAUAAAUAAAAAUAAGGAUAAUAAACUUAAUAUUGGCAAUAAUGACAAUGGUAAUUAUAAUAAUGAAUAUGAUCAUAAUAGUAUAAUAAAAAUAAAUCAGAACACUAAUAAUAUUACAAAAAAGAAACCAAAAAAAAUUAAAUCUUUAUUAAUAAAAUCAAUAUCAUCUGAUAAUGAUCAAAUAAAUAAUUAUUCAAUUAAUAAAAUGAUAUCUCCACCACCGCCGCCGCCAUCAAGUGCUAAUAUUUAUUAUAAAUCAUCAGAAUCGUUAUCAUCACAACAAUUACAACAACAGUCACAGCAACAAAUCUUAUUCUUCAAUUCAUUGUCAUCAAUGUCAUCAAUGUCUUCAACAACAAAAUCUUCAUAUAUGAAUAAAGAAAAGCAAUUAAAUAAUAAACAAAUAUCGAAUCAAUAUAAUUCGAAUAACCAAAUUUAUUAUAGUUUAGAUAAACAUAAACAAUUUAAUGAAAAAAAUAAUAGUUAUAGUAAAAAUAAAGUAAGACGUUAUAGUUGUCCAUCUACUAAUUGCGAUUUGCCGUGUAAAUCAAAUAAAAAUAAUGAUUUAAUAAAAGAUUUCAAUAUAAAAGAAUUAGAAAAAAUUAAACUAUCUAACACAAAUAUUGAUGAUAAACAUAUAACAACAUCAACACAAUCAUCAUCAUCAAUAUUGUCAUCAAAUAAAAGCUUACUAUCUAAUAAAAAUGAUGACAUAUUAAAAUUUACAUUUGAAAAUAUUGAUACAUUAAGUAAUUCUAAAAUAACAACUUGUUUUGUACCAAAAUAUUCACCAAGAAUAUCUGUAAACUCCAACAAAUCAAAAUCAAUAUCUAAUGAUUUAAAAAGUUAUUAUAUUAAUGAUGAUUUAAUAAAAGCAACAUCAGUAAUAGAAAAAACAACAGAAAAAACAAUACCAACACAAUCGAAAUUAGAAACAAAAUCAUUAUUAUUACCAUCACAAAUAUCAUUACCAUCAUCAUCACCGCAAGCAACACUCACAUCAUUAUUUUAUUCAUCAAAUUUGAUUACACCGAAAUCAGAAACAACAAAUUCAUUAUUAUCGUCUUUAUCAACAACACAAGUAUUAUCAUGUCCUUCAUCAUCAAUAUUUAAAACAACAGAGGAAGCACCAACAAUAAAUUCAACAGCAAUAACAAUAUCAUCAACUUCAUCAAAUCAAACAACAAAAACUACAAACACAAAUGUAACAAUGACAGCAAUGCCAAGUUUAACACCAAAACCAAUAACAAUAUCAUCUAAUAAUAUGAAUAAAUAUUGUAGUAAAUGCUCUAAUAGUAAAAAUAUAUUUAAAUUUAAUAAUUAUGAAGAAUUAUUACAACAAAAUUCAUUUAACAAUAUAAAUCCAAAUAAUAUUAAAUUAAAAUCAAACACCAAUCAAACUGAUAUCCAUACUAAAUCCAUGAAUGCAGUAAGCGGAAAUAUUUUAAUUAAUAAUGAUAAAUUGAAUAAUUCUAAUUAUUAUAUUAUUAAUGACGAUAACACAAUUUUUAAUAAUAAUAAUAGUAAUACAAAUAAUGAUACAGAUUCAAAAAAUGAUCAUAAUAAUAGUGAAAAUACAAAAUUCAUAAUUAAAAUUGAUGACAAUCUUAGCUGUUCAAAUAAUUUACUUCAUAAUAAUGGUAAUAAUAAUUUAAAUCAAUUUUAUUGUAGGGAAUGUAACAAUUUAAUAAUUGAUAAUCAAACAUUUGAAAAAAAUGAAACAAAUUAUAAUGAACAUAAUAAAAAUGAUUUACUGUUAGAUACUAGAAAUAAUUAUCAUGAACAAAUUAAUUUACUUGAUAAUAAUUCUGCCAUUAUAUUAAAUAUACCAGAAACUGAAACUGAAAAUAUUAUGAUUGAAAAUUGUAAAUUAAAAUAUAAUAUUGAGGUUCCCUUAUCAUCAGAAUUUUUAGAAAAAGAAGAAAUAACAAAAAUAACAACAGUAGGAAAUACCGCUUUAGCUACAACAACGGUAACAACAACAAGCUUUGGAGGAACAACGGCAACAAUAUCACCAUUUCUAAAUAAUAAAAAUUUUGAAUAUAGCCCUGCCACAUACAGUUAUGGUAAUUAUUUCAAAUUUCCAGAAGUUGAUUGUAUAUCUUCAUUAAAUUCACAAUCACAAAUUAAUGAAAAUAAAUUAAAAAUAAUAAUCGAACCCAAAAUCGACGUAUUUCACAAAUAUAAUAAUGAGAAUGCACAAAGUAUAAAAGUGUCAGAAGAAGAUAUCUUAUCACCAUCAAAACUAACAUUAAUAGAUGAAAAGAAACAAAAGAAAGAACAGCAACUAGAAGAACAACUUCCAAUACGAACUUCACAAAAGUCAAUACUACACCACCAACAAAAUAAAAUAAACUUACAAUUGCACCCCGAAUUGCAACAAGGGAAUCGAUUACUGGAAGAAGAACAACAACAAUUAGAAAUAAAACAAUCAAAACAAGAUCAGUUACAACUACAAUUACAAUUAUUACAACAAAAAAGUGAAAAUGAUAAUAAUUCUUGUUAUGAGGAAAAAAAUUAUGAAAAUUUUGUGUCAAUAAUUGAAUUACCAAAUGUAAAUCUUAAUGAUGAUAAUCUUGAAACGCAACAAAUAAUUCCGGAAAACGCACAAAACACAAAACAAAAUUUAUCUAGAAUUCAAACAAAAUUAAUUAAUGAACCAUAUAAAAAUGGGAAAAAUUCUAUAAAAUCAGUUGAGAAAUCGUUAAUGAAAAAUGAUAGUAUAUUUAAUUUUUCUAUUGAUUGUAUCGAUAAUUUAUAUGAACCAAUUGAGACACAAAUGUCAACGACGAACUUGGAUGUAAAUGAAGAACAAGUACAAAAACAAGAAUUGCAAAUACAAUCACAACCACCAUCAUCAGCUAUUAGAAGAGCAAGAUUAAAAUCAAUAUCAUUGGAUUCAGAUGGUGCACGUUUAGUUGAAGAUAAUUUAGGUGUACCAGUUGAAGAACUAAUUGAAAUUGCUAAUCAACCUGAUAUUAAGUACUUCAAUAAUUCUGAUAAUGAUUAUAAUAAAACAAAGUUAUUAGUGCAUAAAAAAAAUAAUAUAAAAACAAAUUUGUCACCAUCAUCAUCAUCAUCGUCGUCAUCAUUGUUAAUAAAUAAUUAUGAUAAUAAUUGUGAGGAUAUUAAUGAUGAAACUAAUCAAAUAUCCUAUAAAAUAAAUCAAAUAUCAACAAAUAUUUAUUAUGAUAAAUUAAAUAAAAAAUUUAAAUCAAUGCUAAAUGAAAAAUCAUUAAAAUCAUAUAACAGUAAUCAAAAUUUAGAUAAUUCAGUAGAAUAUAAUCAUCAAUUUAAUUAUGCUUUAAAUGAAAUUGAAAAAGAAGUAACCAAAAUAGCAAAAAAUACUGCAGCUGGAGGAAAAGUAACUGAUAUUGAGUAUCAAGAAAUUUUACCAAAGAUUGACAAAAUGCAUAACGCAUCAUCAUCAACAUUCAUACAACAAAAAACACCAACAUUAUGGUCAAAACCAAAAGCUAUAUCAUUAGAUUCAUCAGAUAAUUUUUACUUGAAAAACGAUGACGAUCAUCAUCAUCAUAAUCAAAAUAAUGAUCAGUUUGACGAUGAUGAUAAUGAUAGUUCACAAAUAACAUCUUAUAAUUAUUUAUCACCAGAAAUUAGAAAUAAAAAAUUAAUUACUAAGAAGAAAUCAUCAAGUUCAAUGAUACAAUUACAAAAAUUACACCAUAAUAACUAUCAUUAUAAUCAUUUUUAUCAUAAAAUACACUCUAAUAAUAAUAGUCAUCAUCAUCAUAAUUAUUUUCAUAAUCAGCAGCAGCGACGGUCACAACGAAAUAGUGAAGAACCAAAUUUUAUAGAUGAUGAUGAUGACGAUAUGGAUGAUAAUGAAGAUGUUAAUGAUGAUGAUGAUGAUGAUGAUGAUGGUGGUGGUAAUGAAGAUGAUAACAUUGAAAUAAUGUUGGAUAAUUGCGAUAACAGCAUACACAAUGAUAAUAAUUUCAAAAUAAAUUAUCAUAAUCAAUGUUAUAAAAAUAAUAACAACUCUAAUAUGAAACAUAAAACUUUCCAUAAUAAAAUAAUACCAUCAUCAAAGAGUAAUUUAUUAACUGUAUGUGAUGGUAAUUACAUAAGUACUUCAAAUAAAUCAAUAAUUAAUUGUGGUGUAACGUGUUAUCCAAAUAGUACGAUAACAACAACAACAAUAGCAACAACUGCGACACCAAUAUCUACAACAACAUUACCAAUAACAAAUAAAUAUUUGAAUGGAAUGUUAUCACCAUCAACAUCACUCGAUCAUAGUAGUCGUAGCUCAGCAACAACAACAACAACGACUGAUCGACAUUCUAGUUUUCAAUCAAAAUUAAGUAGUUUCAAUGAAAAUACAUUAGAUGACGAUUAUGAAGUUGAUUGUAAUAUUGAACAAUUAAUUGAAGAUAACGAGAAUAAUGAUGACGAUGAUGAUGAGCAUAAUAGCGAUCAUUUGUAUUUAAAUGUUAUAAUUGCGAAACCGAAUACAAUAUCCGAUAGUAAUUUAUAUUGUAAUAGUAUUGCUAACACAUCAUAUAACAGUGAAGAUGAUAUCAUUGAUGUUUUAGAUGAUAAUAAAAUAAUUUAUUGUAAUUGUAUCAAUAAUAAAAUGCAAUUUAAUAGUUAUGUAAAUAAAAACUAUGAAAAUAAUGUAUGUCAUAUAUGCAAGAAAAAAUGUAAUUCAAAUAUCAACAAAACAUUUUCAUCAUCAUCAUCAUCAUUAACAUCUUUAAAUAAAAAGAAGAGAAAAAAAAUUAAUCAUCAUUGUUAUAAUGUACAAUCAUCAGCUGAUAUGAUGAUGACACCAUAUGAAGAAAAUGUUGAUUACGCCAAAGAAAAUAAAUCACCUAUAGAAUCAGUAAGUGCAAAAACAACUGCAGCAGCAUUAACAGAAGGAGUUUCAACAACGACAACAACAACAGGAGCAUCAUCAAAAACAACUACGACAACAUUCAACAAAAAUAUAAAAUCAAUAACAAAUACUCCUGUUACACAACAACAGGAAAAUAAUAAAGAAGAACACAAAAGUAAAGCACAACAAAAUAAAGAAUGUGUGUCACAGCAACAACAAUCACAAAUACAUCAACAAUCACAACAGCAACUAAAUUAUCAAUAUCAACAACAGCAACAAGUACGUUCAAUGUCCGUACAAUAUAAUAGCUCAUAUUAUAAUAGCAUUUUUGGUAAUACAUUACAAUUACAAAAAUAUACAGCAUUAAGUUUGUCAAAUAAUAAUUUAAAAACGUUACCAGAAGUUAUGCCAUUAAGUGACUUUACUACACAAUUUGAUUUAAAUAAUGUCGAAAAUAAUAAAAAUUAUGGCAGUAAUUCGAUUAAAAAUUCAUUCAAUAAAAAGAAUAAUUGUAAAAUAUCAGUAACAAGUAGUUGUAGUAAUUUAAAUUUUCAACAACAGCAACAACAACAACAAUUUCAACAUCAAUAUUCGCAAAUUCAUGGCAUAAAUUAUAAUGGCAAAACUAAUAAUAGUAAUGCUACCGAUAUUAUUGGUAUUAAUAUUGAUUGUAACAACAGUGAUAUUGGUUAUAAUAAUGAUAAUAUAAAUCAUAAUAAUAAGAAUAUUAUUAAAUAUAAUUAUGAGCAACGUACUAAUAGUUUAUUACAAAGACGUGGUUCAAAUCAAAGUUUAACGCUUAAUCUUAAUAGUACAGGUUCAUUAGGUAAUUUAGCGAAUACAUUAAGUAUAUCUAACUAUUAUUUAAAUAAUAGUAAUUCACAAUAUAAUUUGUCAAAAUCAAAUAAUAAUUUACAAUAUAAUAACAACAAAAACAAUUGUAAUGAUAAUCAAAAUCAAUCUUCAUCUUUAUAUUGUUAUAAUAACUAUAAUAAUAUCAGUAAUUAUGCUGACAAUGAUAUUAAAUGUAAAUUUAGUAAUUCAAUUUCUGGUAGUAAUUUAUUAAUUACUGGUUACAAUAAUGUACCAUCAUCAUCAUCAUCAUUUUCAUUUACGCAACAACAAAAUUAUAAUCCAACAGCUGAUAUAUCUACAAGUAUGAUUGGGGUAACGACAGUAAAAGCGUCAUCGACAACAACAACAACCACAACGACAACAAAAAAUUUAUUACAACGUCGUGGUUCUAAUACAAGUUUAACUUUAAAUAUACAUGGUGGAAAUAAUAGUAAUAAUGCUUUAUCAUGUAUGAAUUUAAAUCGUUUUAAUAGUCAUAGUUCAUUAAAUAUUAUAAAUACAAAUCAGUUACAUAAUCAAAAUCACCAUCAGCAUCACAAUUUAAAACAUAUAACAUCAUCAUCAAUUAAUUUAUCAUCAGGUAUAUGUAAUAGUAAUAGUACAUAUGCCAUUUUUAAUAGCAAUAAUAAAAAUUCGCCCACAAAUGGUAAAAAUGUGAUAAAAUUGAAUAAUAAUAUGGGUAGUAAAAAAGGUUUAUUAGAAAGACGAAAUUCAAAUGCAUCGUUAACAUUAAAUAUAUAUGGUAAUAGUACUAAUAAUAGUACUUAUAAUAUUAAUAAUACUAAUACGCAUAUGAAUAGUACUGAAAAUGAUUUUAAUAUUGAUAAUUGUUUGAGUAUAUCAAAUAUUAAUUUAAGAUCAUCAGCAUGCAGUUUAAAUAGUAUCAACACAAAUUAUAGAGAUAAAAAUAGUUAUGAGAAUUUAUUAUUACAACAACAGCAACAACAACAUACACAAAAUAUCAAUUAUGAACAAAAUAAAGAUAAUAUAAACGAUGACGAUGAUGUCUUGAAAAAUAAUUGUGAUGUAAUAAAUAGUACUACAAUGGGUACAGCAGCACAAUAUCAAAGAAAAUUUUUAAGUUCAGAAAAUUUAAAUAAUUAUUCACAAUAUUCAAAAAUUAAUCAAACUCAUUUAAGAAAUAUAUCAAAAACAUGUUUUGGUUCUGUCUCAGAUUUAAAACCAUAUAAAAAUUUGUAUUAUAAUUCAACAAUGCAACAACAACAACAACAGCAGCAAUCAGAAUUUUCACUAUAUCCGCAACAAAAUUUCACUACAAAUAAUAUUUUAUUAGGUAAAGUGUAUAAUAGUAAUAUGGCACCAAUUGCACAACAAUAUCAAAAUACAUUAUUGAUUAAUUCUCAAAAUCAUCAACAACAAACGCAGCAGCACUUUUCAGCAUUAAACGAUUCAUCAAAAAUGCCAUUAUUUAUUGGCGAAAGUAAUUUAUGUUCAUGUACUGGUGUUCGAAAUAUAACAACAAGGCCAUUGUCACCACAAUCAACUUCUGAAGAUUUUAAAAUAUAUUUGGCUAAUAUACAGUUAUUACAAAAUGCAUCAAAUAUAUUAAAUAUACAACAAUUAAGAAAACUCAAUUACAUAUUUGAUAGUAGUUUUAAUGAAAGUGAUGAUUUACAAUUAGCACAUCAAUUUGAUAAUAAUGUUGAUCAAAUUAAAAUGAAACAAAGUCAACAAGAAAGAUCAAAUGACAUUCAAAAAACAAAACAAGAAGAAGAAGAUUUUCAGAAGCAAGAUCGAAAUCAUCAAGAAGAACAACCAAAACAAGUUCAAGAGGAAGAACAGCAAACCAUAAAACAUGAUCAAGAUCAACCAUCAACUAUUAUUAUUAAUGAAAAUAACACAAAAUCUAAAAUAUGUAAUGAUGAUAAUAAUUCCAUAUUAAAAGAAACCGUUUUAAUUCCAUUAUUAUCUACAACAUCAAUAAUAACACCAACAACAUCGACUGAUUUAACAAAUGAUAUCGCACAUCCUGUAUUGUCAAAUUCAAUGUUAUUACCAAAUAGACGUAUCAGUAUUACGGAAACAUAUAUUGAAGUGUUACAUAAAAAUUCAUCAUCAAAUAAUAAUGAAAAUAAUAAUUCAUCAUUAAAACUACAACAAUCUCAUUAUAAACAUAAUAAUAACAAUAAUAUUAACAAUACUAAUGAUAAUAAUAGCAACAGUAAUAAAUCAACUGGAGAUUGUUCUAAAGAAAUUAAAAUAGCAGAUGAAAAUGUUAAUGAUGAAUCAAAUAAUCUAAAUUUGGAAAAUGAUAACAUAUUAAAUUUGAAUGAUAACGAUAAUCAUAAUAAUGUCAUAGAUAAUAUAAAUGAUGAUGAAUCAACUGAAAUAUUAGAUAUAACAAUAAAUUUUGAUAUACCUGAUGAUAUUGAAAAGAAAAUGUUAAUUUGUAAAUUACACCAAGAAUUUUGGGAUCUACCAACAAAUUUUCAAGAGAAACCUUUUGUAUUUGGAUCGCAAAGUAAAAAUCGAUAUCGCACUAUACUACCAAAUGAACAUUCGAGAGUUAUAUUGAAAAACGAUAAUAAUGUAUUAGGGGAACCAUAUAUCAAUGCAAAUUAUAUUAAAGGCCCGGACUAUAAUCGAAAUAAUUAUAUAGCAGCACAAGGCCCACUAUCGAAUACAUUAUAUGAGCAUUGGUUAAUGAUUUAUCAAAAUAUUAUUAAAUAUAAUGAAACAAUUUUAAUGGAACAAUUUCAAAUAAAAGAAAAACAACAAUAUCAAUCAACAAUUUGUAAAGAACAAAAUAAACAACAACAACAAGAACAACAACAACGACAAGAGAAAUAUAAUGAUGAUGAUGAAUUAAACCAACAUCAAAUGAUAACAGAUAUAAAAUCAGUACAAAAUGAUAAUUCUAAAUCAAAUGAUAUAAUAUAUUCUAAUAUUAUUAAUGAUAAAAAUACCACAAUUACAACUACUUCUAAUUCAACUAAUAUUAAUAUUCCUAUUGAUUCCACAUUAAUCACAACUAAUACAAAAAAUACUACAAAAACUAAUUCUAGUAUAUUAAAAAUCAAUGAUAAUAUAGUUUUAGAUCAUAAAAAUGAAAUUUUAAAUGAAUCAUCAUCAAUGUCAUCAAGUAAUUUUAAUUCACUUUUAAAUUAUAGUCAAAAAAUAAUUAUGUUAACUGAUUUUGUUGAAUCAAAACGUCCAAAAUGUAGCCAAUAUUUUCCAACUAAAUUAAAUGAAAUUAUUUUUAUAACAUUACAUAAUGAUUACAUUGAUAAUAUAACAGAUGAUUGUAGAAUAUUUUUUGAAAAAUAUUUAAAUUUUAAUUUAAUCAAUUUAAAUAAUAAUAAUAAUACUAAUAAUAAUAAUAAUAAUAGUAUUAUAAUUAGUGAUGAUAAUAAUAUAAUAAUUGAUAUUGAUGAAAAUAAAGUAUUAGAAAAUCAUGUACCAAAACCUGUAAAUGAUUUAACAAUAGAAACAACAACAACUACAGCUUUAGCAACAACACCUAAACAAAUUAUUAAUAUAAAUGAUAAUGAUAGUAGUAAUUCUAUUGAAAAAUUAAAUUUAAAUAAAAUUUCAUCAGAAAUAAAUGAUAACAGUUCAGCAAAUGAGCUAUUCAUUGAAAAUAAUCAAAAAUUAUUAAAAUCAUCAUCAUCAUCAUCAUUAAUAUUACCAUUAAUAUCAUCAGCAAUUGGAUCAUCAAAUCCAUCGUCAUCAAAUGCAAUAUCAAAUGACACAUUACAAUUAACAACAAUAUCAAGUGAAUUAAAAAAUAAUACUCAUAAUGAUGAUGAUGAUGAUAAUUAUAAUGAUAAUACUAAUAAUAUCAAUGAUGAGAAUAAAUUCAAUUUUAUUAAUGACACCAAUUAUUCAUAUAAUAAUUUAUGCACAAAUCAUAAUAAUAUUAUAAUUGAUAAUGAUAUAAAAUUAGUAAGUAAUAAUGAUGAUAAUCCAUUACCAAUAAUACAUUGCUCAGCUGGUAUCGGUCGUACCGGUUGUUUAAUUGCAAUACUAAAUGGUAUUAGGCAAAUGCAUAUAAAUGUUGAUGUAUUAGGUAUUGUAUGUAAUUUACGCUUACAACGUGGUGGUAUGGUUCAGAAUUCUGAACAAUAUGAAUUGAUACAUAGAGCUUUAUGUUUAUAUUUGAAACGUUUAGAAAACUCAAAAAUCUAA